AUGAAAACACGCCUCGAUCCGGAGGCCGCCGUCGAUGGCGUUGCCGAGAUUACCAAACGAACCAGUCAAUUAUCGCAUACGCUUUUUGACAUUGCUUCUGGCCUCGUCGUGGAUACCGCUUCUGAUUCUUCCAUCCCGCAGGCAAUUUGCAACAUCGCGCGUGAGUUCGCGGACAUCGCCCAGCUAUGUUUGGAGGCGUGCGCCUUACUGGAGCGAGACAAAGGAGGGAAGAAGACCGACGCUGGCAUCAUCCUGGGGCGACUCGAUACACUCAUCCGAGAGUUUGAGGAUGCGCUAAACGAUUUUGUACCCAACAAAGUCCCUCGAUGGCUCAAGAGACUCUUCCAGAACGAAAGUGUCUAUCUGAUCACUAAAUGUCAUUCUAUCAAGGAGCCUUUACGCUUGUUUCUAUCCGUACUCAGAAUCGCAGAUGUUCGUGCAGCGAGUAAGAAAACAUCGAACAAAAAGAAGAAAAGGAGAGACGAAAUCGCCUUACAAGUUAUCAAAGUACUCAUGAACGCCGAACGUCGUUUACAGAAAGGUUUCCCCAGAGAAGCACUUCAACUGCAUUACUGGACAGAGUCCCCUGGAGCCACUGCAACGUGGAUAUACGAACUGAUCUUCAACAAAGUCUUGAGCGCACAGCCGGAUGAGCGCCGUCGAACCGCCAGAGGCGGGCGCGUCAAAACAGUAGACACGGCCGGCGCCAACGGGGUGGCAUCUGACAGUGAACAAGAGGAUGAUAUUGGGGCUAUCCCACCUGAUCUGGAGAGGGAGCUCGACCUAAGCCCUGUGAGAAGCCGGGUGAUCAACGAGCUUCUUGAGCGAUGGACAGGCUUGAGCUUUGAGGAGGUCCGGCAACUUGCUGAAUCAAGCGACAGAGGAAGGUCGCGUCUCCAAGACACUGCCCGACGCGUCAUCAAAUGGUAUCUGAAGAACGAGAAGGCCUCUUCUGAUGAUGGAGGCUCUCCACCAGCACACAGCAGAGGGAGAACUUACGAUCGAGGGAGCUCCAGCUCGACUAAGCAGCCAUCUGGAAGUUCGAACACAAUGAAAGUGGACGAUGAACCCCAACCAACGGUGCGGGCACCAACGCCUCCUGCCUCGCCAAAGACGCCAAAAAACCGGUCUACAGUUCCUGCGCAAGGCCUUAAAGAAACUCGGGAACCUGGAAAGGCCGCUGAUAACGACCAGGCAGUCCCUCAGAUAGAUUUGAGCUUUGGUCCUUCAAGCAGCUCGAAAAUUGGAACCAACAAAAAGCCUGCAGAUGCCUGGGACUUCGAUCUUGGCCCAAGCAGCAAAAAGACUGGAGAAAAUAGCAAGCCCGCUGAAAAUCCCUGGAGUUGGGGUUCUGGCUCAGCCUGGAAAAAGACUGAGAAGCACAGCAGGUCCGCUGAAGACGAGUGGGGCGCCGCAUGGGGAGAUUUUAGCAGCAAGACAAAGAAGAAGAAGAAAGGCAAAGCUGCGGUUGAAUUGAGUCCAACCGGCGAUGACAACUCAAAAGCCUUCGUCUUUGGCGAGUCUCGGGUGCCAUCAGUAAAGGCCCCAAAAGAACAAGACAAUACCGAAUCUGCUGCCAAGUUUGAGGACAGCUCGCAUCGAAGCCCCGGCGCAACCAGCAGUAUACUGGGUCAAUUUGGCGACGAUGAACCCAAUCCAUGGAUCGACUCCAAACUGGAAGCGGGUCAGAGUGCCAAAGAUGCGGUAAUCGCAGUGGAAGAAAUCUCCGAACUUGAUCUAAAUAAUACCACGAAAGGAAAAGCCGCUGCGCCAUUGGCAGGUCGAGCCCCAUCUCCUGAUAUUGUUUUACCGAAAGCAUCGGAUUCUUCCUCGAACAAACCAUUCAUACUUCGGCCUGGCAUGGAUGAACUUCAGACAUUCGGAGGACAGGAGGUUAGAAUAACCAUGAGAAAAGCUACGGACCAGCCAGCACCAAAGAAGUCGACACUGUCAAAGCUUUCCGGCAGCGACAGUAAUGGUCGCCGUCCACAAAGCGGUAGAAAUCAGACAUCAUCCAGAGUUGAGUUUGUCGAUCCGGAACCGGAGCGUACUUCAGAUCGCCGGUCUCGAGAUGAGCGCGCCCCAACACGCGAGUCUAGUAAGAACAGAAAAGACGACGAAAUGCAUUCACGUGUCUCCACGCGACAUAGCACCCAAAGUGCGCGAUAUCGGCACAGCAAUCUCGUCGCGGAGGUCCCGAUCCCUCAGACGGGAAUAGUGAUGAACUCGUACAGCACGAGCAAACUCUUGCCGGGCGGCCUUUUGCCUCAUAUAUCGUAUCCUACAACGACUGGUUCGAUUAGACCUUACAUGGGCCCAUAUACUAACCACUAUCCAAACAGCUUCUACGAACCGGGUAAUCUUUCAGACAAUCCUGAUAUGGUUGAAAUUCGGAAACAGUUGAACGAGUUCAUAGAGAAUGAGAAAGCAAGGAGAAUGGCAGAGGAAGCAAGAAAGGAAGAUGGCUUGAUGAAGGCGCAGCGGGAUGAGAAAGAGUCCAUGGCACACAAGGCGAGGGAACAAGAGCUUAUGAAGAUCAUACGUGAGAUGCAAGAAAGCGCUCGAUACAACGCAGAGAAAUGGGAGGACGAGAAACGAGCGUUCGAGAAGGGAUCUAACGCGCAAGCACAAUCGAAUGAGCAGACCCAACUGCCCACUGAACCUGCGGAAACACGGACGUCUCAGUACAAAGAAGAAGUAGACCGGCUUUACGGCAUUAUAGAAAGGUUCAACCGGGAAAAGAACAUAGAGUGGGCCAUGGAGAAAGAACGUAUUGAAAAAUAUGCCAACACAGAGCUCAAUCGCAGGAUCGAGGAGUGCGAAGAACAACAGCAGGAAGCACUGGAGGAAGCCUGGGAAGAAAGUCGGCAAUACUACCAAGAACUUAUCGAAACCGAAAAGAAAAAGGUGCAAGACGAAGAGAAAAAGGUCCUAGAAGCAACCAUGCGUGCCGAGGUAUACGUCCAGAAGUACAACGAUGAGUUCGCCAGACGUCAACCGAAAAGACCUUCCACGACAAUACCUGACACCACCAAGGCAUCUCAAGACCCCUUGAAUGUCUUCGACUACCUAGAAAGACCAGAACGAAACUCGUCGUUGGGAUCAUCUCGAGAGGAGGACACCGAGAGCGCUGAGGUCACUAAUGAGAGCGAACUCCUUGAGAACAAAUGGCGCGACCGAGAUCCGUAUAUGCAUACAAUGCCACAGCCUCGCGCCAAAAGAUACACAGCAUUCUCUGAAGCUACGUCCUCUGUCGAGGAAGCUUCGAAUGUUAUCAUAUUCCCACCACGUGCAGGUUGGAAUGAUAUGGGCCACAAUCAGCUUGGCAACUAUUUGUCGAUGAGUGGUUUCACGCCCAUGUUUGAGGAACGAGAGCCUUCGGCCCAAGAUCCUACGGGGCGCCGUGAGAAGAUAGGAACUGGCGGGAAUGUCUUGCGGGGUACUCUGUUCUGGCAACCCCCGGCGUCGACGGCGGAAGCGGAUCUUUACAAGUCGCUUCGCAGCUCCGGGUGGAGGCCUACAUAUGUAAGGACUACGGUCUCCGGUCAAACUUGGUUCUUCGGCGCACAGCCUGUGCACGCCCAGUUCUUCAGCGACAUGUAUAAGCCACAAGUCGGCGCAUAUCGCGUCUCGCACGCUCGACCAGACACAGAGAAAGAAUCCCUCAUCAUCAGUAAAGACCUCGUGGAAAUCGAAGAGCUCGAGUUCCUAGGACACAUAUACAAGGAAAGCGAUGGAAAGAUCUUUCUCGAUCCUACACUCACCUCGGAGGAUAUUGAUCACAUUGUUGCGCGGUCGUUUCUGGCCCGUGAGGGAAGAUACCGCAAGCGGUUCCGCAACACGCAACUACGAGCCUCACAAACCAAGGUCGACAUCACGGAACUUACGAGCGAAGUAGGUGAUAGCGUAAGCGAGAUUUCUUUCGGUAGUAGGGAGAUUGGCAGAGAGAGGACGGUCAGCCUUUGGUCGAUGUGGAGUCCCUGGUCCAGAUAA